AUGUCCGAGACGUCCGUGGAUUACACAGCUGGCGACGUGCAGAGGGAGUUCGUGCUCGAAAAGGGCAUCGACGGCGAGGCCCUGAUUUCGUACGAGCUGCCCGAUGUCCUCGUCAACCAGAAGCGCUUCGUGGAGAGCAAGGACAACUACAUCGUGGGCAGCACAAUCAGCCGCUACACCUGCGAGGACGCCGAGAUCGAGGACGUUGGGUGGCGCCGCUGCCCCAGCCCGCCCGGCUCCGAGGAGUGCGCCAGGUGGCGGGGCUGCCCGCACGGCCCAGACUGCCCUGAGGACGCCAUCCAGUCCGACCCGAUCCUGCGACGGGUAGCCAACACCUCGUCCUUCCGCCCCUGUGGGCUGGUGGCCCUCUCCAUGUUCACCGAUAGGUACCGGCUCGUCCGCCUCGAGGACGGGCUGGAGAUCAGCCUGACGGAGUCCGGCGUAGCACUCGGCAGCCAGGAUGACGUCUACGACGAGAGGGUGCUCCGCACCUCCGGCGGCGUGGGAGCUGGGGCCGAGCUGACGGUGGAGGGGGUCCCCAGCUGGCUGACGCUGGAGGACGGCUUCUACGAGCACUUCAAGGUGUGGAGCCGGCAGCCGGCGUCGCCCCGCGUCCGCAACUUGUGGGCCACGGUGCCGGACGGGCUCCGCUCGGGGAGGUACCGGCUGGAGUUCACCGAGAACUCCAGGGUGUGGACCGACGCCUGGAAGGUGCCCUUCAAGCGAGUUACCAUUUCGGAGGCCCACGUGCUCGGAAGCUCGGGCGCGUGCGUCUUCCUCGGGGGCCUUUGCCUCGGCAUCUGCUGCCUGGAGGCCAUCAUGACCUGCAUCUUCCUGUUCGCACCGAUGCUGGCGCCGAGGGCCAGCUUGCUCUGA